AUGGUGGAUGUAGCAGCUUUAGAAUCAGGUUGCCGAUUACACUCCAGCAACGUGGAGGACAACAACAACAAGCAUGGUAGUGACAAUGAGGAUGCAUUUCUUUCAUAUAUAAUCAAUACAAAACUAAUUGAAAAUUUGAACCACAUAAGACAAGAUUCCAUAAUGAACACUCACAGUACACAACAACUACAACUACAACUAAAACAACAGCAACAACAGCAGAGGGAAAGACAGCCAUUGGCUUCGUAUGAUGAAUAUUUACAACGAUUAGAAUUUCAAUGUUCUAAAGAUAAUUAUGAAUUGUUAAAAAUUUUAGAGAGUAAAUAUAAGGAAGUUCAAGAAUCUAACAGAACGAGAAGAUAUAGUGUUGAUUUUGAUUCCGCUAAUGGGUCAGAUAUCACUGCUAGUAUUGAGAAUGAUAACUCUAAAAUUGAAAAUACUGAGGAAAUUCAUGAUAAUGAUGAUCAUCAACAUGAUGAUGGUGUAACAGCAUUGAGGCAAAGAUUAUUGGGAAGACGAUUAAGCAACAAUGGCGAUGCUCUUGUUCCGGAAAAUGAUAGUUCAGCAGAUAAACAAAUUGAAAAUCAUGAUAAUAUGCAACAAAGUUUAAUUGAAGAUAUGACAAAAUUAGUCGGUAGUUUAAAACAAGGUGCUGUCGCAUUCCAAACAGCUUUGGAUGAAGAUAAAAAGGUUCUUGGAGCUGCUGAAAUUGGUAUUCAAGUGGCAUCAAAAGGUUUAGUCGACAUUAGUUCUAAAUUAAGAAAAUAUGACAAAGCAAAAUUAGGUUACCUAUUUUAUAUAGGUGCAUUCCUCUUUAUGAUUGUCGGUUUAAUAAUAACGUUCAUCAUAAUUAGAUUAUUCCCUGCAUUAUAA